AUGGAAUCCGAGAACGGUGACGCUCCGUCCGUGAAAAAGGUGAAGACGGAGUCUCCGACACCGCAGCCAAUUCCACAGCUCAACACACAGACUUCUGUACAGACAGCAAAGACCACCAAGGGAGUAGACGAGAUAGUGGAUGGAUCCGACUUGCGCAAGUUCCUGAACAAACAUUUCACCGAGGAACUCAUCAGUGGACUAAAGUACGUGUGGGACACACACCGCAGCGAGACAUUGAGUGAUGGAGAAGUGCUACAGAAGCUUGGAGAGCGUCUUAUCGAGCGCGGGAAACAGAAAUCGGAGACAGGCAACUAA